AUGACCGCCAAAGACGACCAACCGAGUAAUACCACCAAUCUAUCGUCCUCUGAAGACACAAACGACGAUGAGCCGGAUGAAUGGGACAAACGAAUUGAAGAUACCGGAUGCUCGGCUGAAAAUUCACGACUAACAGACUGCUACGCCGACAACGGACGCGACUGGAGGAAAUGCGUCAAAGAGAUGCACGCUCUAAAGGAGUGCUGGGCCAAGAAGAACAAUAACGAACGCACGCAGCUCAAAUAA